AAAAGAACAACAAACCACAGUCAUAACCACGCCAUUUUGCUUUUGUCAGUGUCACAUUCAUUCAAUACGCAGUUGAAAAUUUUCAGUGUUUUGAAUUCAGUUUUUUAGUGGUUGCUUGAGUUUGAUUUGUACAAAAGCGUUUCCAGAUAAUGGCUUCAAACAAGAAGGUUUUACUCAAAGUUAUCAUCCUGGGGGAUUCCAGUGUUGGUAAAACAUCUCUUAUGAACCAGUACGUGAAUCGAAAGUUUUCCAACCAGUACAAAGCCACUAUUGGAGCUGAUUUCUUGACAAAAGAGGUCACAAUUGAUGAUAGGACAGUUACAAUGCAAAUAUGGGACACGGCAGGACAAGAGAGGUUCCAGUCACUGGGGGUUGCUUUUUAUAGAGGCGCUGACUGUUGUGUUUUAGUUUUCGAUGUAACAGCACCAAACACGUUCAAGUCACUCGACAGUUGGCGAGACGAGUUUCUGAUUCAGGCCGCGCCCAGAGAACCAGACAAUUUCCCAUUCGUUCUCCUAGGCAACAAAGUGGACUUGGAACCGAGAGCUAUCAGUGCAAAAAGAGCCCAACAAUGGUGCCAGGCCAAAAAUAACAUGCCUUAUUUCGAGACUUCUGCCAAAGAGGGUCUCAAUGUCGAACAAGCCUUCCUAGCCAUCGCCAAAAACGCACUGGCGCAACAAAACCAAAGCGUCGACCUCUACAACGAAUUUCCUGAUCAGAUCAAGUUGACUAACACGCAAAAAUCAAACGGCGGCGGAGACUCUUGUGCAUGCUAGGAGGGAUUUUCAAUAAAAAGGUUAGAUACUGUCUGUCUACUCAAUCUGAUUGGUCCAAAUCUGAUCGGUUGGUUAACAUUGUAAUUAUAAAUUAGAAAGUUGUGAUAAGGAUAUUAUUAUUUCUCUUGAUUGCGCAGAUCUUUUCUUUAAUAUUGCUUAUUUUGGACAGUAAUAGUCUGUUAAAACUGAUGUUAGAAAAAUUUUAUUUUUAUUUAAUCUAAAAAUGUGAUAAAUAUAAGAUUUUUUUUUUUGUUUCGCAUAGAGUGUUUGUAAAUUAGGGGUAUUAGGGUCGCUUUAGAAAAAAACUAUAAAUUAUUACAAGGGUGUGAGAAAAAAGCCCCCUUGCCAAUUCUAAUUUUUCACACCUAUAAAUAACUGAUUCACUAUUAUAGUUUUACGUUUGUUACGCGAUAAUAUAAUUUAUUUUCUUUUAACUAAGCUUAACAUGAUUUGUUUGUUUAGCUAGAAAAUUUGGGGACUCUACUGGGUACAGCAUUAUUUAAAUAAUAGAUAUGUAACUAUUUUUUUUAUGUAAGAUUUUAAUAGAUGUUGCAAUGUGUUAUUAUUCAAAGGUGACUGUAUUUUGUGUAAAGGACAAAAAAUAAGGUAAGUAAUGGCUAUAUUUGUUAGAGAAUCUAGUUUAACAGCAAAAAUCUUAUGAGGCAUUCAUAGAAUCAGUGAACCCAGUUUUGAUACUUUUAUGAGAUAGAAAAACACUCCUAUUUUCUCUUACAAAGAUGGACUACUUGCAUACAAAUAUAUUAAUUUUUUUACACAAUAUAACGUUAUUGCUUUGGCUAGUAAUGUAUUUUCCAUUUCAGUUCAGUAACUAAUAAUAGUUGAAAUUAUUAUUUAUUUUUGAAUUAACACGCAUAUGGGAAAUUUUAGUUGUUGGUUGUCAACAACCUUUUUCAAUCAAUUCAGUUUUGGGCUCAUCAUGGAAUAGAGGUUUCUCGAAAUUAAAUUUCCCAUCCAACAUGUAUAUAGGUAUAGCUUUACUAUGGAUUAUAUUUAACAUAUUAUAAUUAUUAUAAGUCCUUAAUUAUAUUCAAAAAUUUGUAUAAUACCAAAUAAAACAAACUGAAAUAUAA